AUGGGACCUUCAAAAGUGGAGGAUCCGAGCAGUGAGCUGCGACGGGGCGAGUUCGGCAGGUAUGCCGCAAAUGCUUCGAUAAGCAUUGAUGGCGGGCCGCUGGCAGGCGCCGAGAGUCCCGGAGAGCUGCCGCCGCUGCCUGCACCCACCACGUCCUUGGCGGCCGAGCCUCCCCCGGCCGCCUUCCCGGCGGAGCCCUUCCCCGCCGCCCCCGCCUUCCCGGUGGAGCCGACUCCGGUCACCUCGCAGGAUCGCCAGAUAGGGCCACCUGCGGGACUCGACCCAACAGGACGGGAGAACCUGUCCAACGGAGAGUUGCUCGAACGCAUUGCGCAGCUAGAGCGGCAGAUCACGCGCGCAGCGGUGGGAGGGCCGACCUUCGGCGCAGCUCCUCCGGCUCAGGUGCAGGACUUUCCGCUGUCCCUGCCCAACACUGGGCAUGGCCUGGUGGACUUCGAGGCUUUGGAGGCCCGAUCGGCGCACGUCACCCAGAGACUGGAGGCUGCUGAGCAGGAGCUUCGGGCAGAGAAGGAGGCCGGCCGGGGCAACAAGCUCAAGGUCGAGCAGCUGGAGCAGAAGCUGAAGGACCGGGAGCAGUUGCUGAGCCAUGCCAAGGAGAUGUGGAUGAAGGAGAAUGUCAGAGCCUCAAAGCUUGCCGACGCCCUCACGGCGGCUGAGGACAAGUUGGCGGACCAGGAGCGGCGACUUGCGGACGUGUCGGCCAAGUACGCUGAAGCCCAGCAAGAGGUCCGACAGCUACAGCAUCUCCUGGGCUCGAGCACCGGCGGGCUCACAGGAUACGCUCCAGGGGCCGUGGCCGGAGAUGCAGGCCUAGGAUUCGACCUCCCGGCGUCGGAUGGCCGCAACGGCUAUGCCAAGGCACGGAUCCCAAGCACCGGCAUGACGCAGGUGCCCUGGUCCGAUGAUCUUGGCAUGGUGCCCACCGACGAGUCGCUCCGCAUGGGCUCCCCCCCGCGGACGCUCGCGUCGUCCGGGCAGAUGCCCCUGCUCGAGAAUGACACCAAUGCGGAGCGCUUCAGGCGCCUCUGUCUCUUGAACGACGCUGUGCUCUACGAGGACGACCUCCUUCAGGUUGGCAUCAAAGCCGAGUACAGUGGCCUGGAAGGGCAGAUUGCUGUUUUCUUUGGCAACAAAGGCCAUGCGGCACUACACACCUUCACGGCCCAAUACUUCGUCCGAGAGGAGCAGGCGCUUCGGCUCGUUGCCUCGCCCAUGAGCCAGCAGCUGGAGGCAGACGAGCAGGUAGUGCAGCGGGUGACAGUGUCGCUCCGCGAGCCCUUUGCCGAGCCUCCCUGGCUGCGGCUGCAGUUCUUGCUGCCAGAUGCGAGCCCGAGAAGGAUCCAGCUCAAGUUCCCCAUCAUCCUGCCGAAGUUUAUGGUGGGACGGGACCUGUCCCCGCAGGAGUUCUUCCACCACUGGAGGUUGCAGCAUUUCGUGCUGAAUGAGGUGACAAGCAUCGUGCACCUGUCGGAGAGAUUGCGCGGUCCCCUUGUGAAUAUCGCAAGGUGCAUUGUCUUCGGCGGCGCAUUUAGAUUGCACCAUGGCAUUGACAGCAACGCGGACAAUUUCGUGUUGGUCUCGACGCUGUCCGAUCCCGCUGUCGCAGCCCGGAUGGACGCGAGAGGCCUCGACCCCCUUGCCGCGCCCGACCGGGAGGGUGGGCUGUCGCUGAUGCGGGUCGAGGUGGGCAGCGGCCGCUUCACUGGGAAAGCACGGGUGCCUCGGGCUAGGACUUAG